CAAACCCUAAAAAUAUGGAGAGAGGUAGACGCGACUACCCCUGGGUGGAUUCCGCCGCCGCGGCGGUCUUCGGCGCCGCUUUCCUUUGCUGCUCGCGGUGGCCCUUUUGUUUGGAAAAUCGUUGGGAGUAAUCGUGCUGUGGGAAAGAGGAAAAUCGUUGAGGGUCGCACUGCGGCAAAAGGCAAAAUAGUUGAAAGUCCCGCUGCCGGGAAAGGGAAAAGCGUUAAGAUUGGUCAUAUGAAAGAACCAAAAUCAGACCGGAGGAUAGAUUCCCGACGAGAUCACUUACGACGACCUGAGUGGCGAGGAAUUGGAACCCGAUUUUCACGGAAAGUAUUUCCCUUUUGUUACCCAACCACAAAUAACCCUCAAUGAAUAUCAACAACGCGCAAUCUACAGCAAGGCUUUUAAGCAAUAUAGCAGGCAAGGGGUUCAAAGUUGAGCAAUUAGUACCUUCAACUCAGUUUCCCAGCAUUGUCCCUUGGUCCUAUAUCAAAGAGAAAAGCUCUUUCAAUCAAUCUCUGGAUAAAGUUUCUGGCUUAGCUGAAUUGGCUCUCAGCCAAUACAAUGGCCGUGUUAGAAAGUCAAAUAAAGUUGUGGAUGUGCUAAAAUGGAACGAGGGGAAAAUCUUGCCUCACGAUGUUUACUAUAUCACAUUCAAUGUCAAGAAAGAAGGCAAAACCGGUGACCCUCUAAUAAGGACCUUUUAGGCCGAGGUCGGUGUUCAUGUUACCAAAAAACCUCUAGUGGAGUUCUGUCGUCCUUGCCCUACUAGGAAAGGUGACUCUUCUACGUUAAAGCGGAGAGAAUGAACAUCCUUGGUUUCGCUCUUUGUAGGUCUAGAUGUGUGACCGGAAUUGUCAUUUCUAGAACAUGAUCGGGACUGUAUCAGCGGGGCACCAUCCAUAAGAAACAGAUUGGAUCUGAUUUGGUGGGGCCACAGGGGUACAUUUCAUACGGGCAACAAUUAUUCCUUUGACGAGAGAAAUGUAGGGCGGCCAAAUUGCAUCUCCAAAAUCACCAUUUCUUUUUGUCUGAACAGAGAGGCGAGAAUGUGUUUCACAUUAACAACCAGACUCCUCUUAUUUCGUCGAUUCGAUUUUCCCCAUUGCUGUAUUGCUGUGAAAUUCAAGAGAUGAAAUAAGGGGAGUCUCGUUGUUAAUGUGAAGCACAUUCUUGUUUCUCUGUUCAAACAAAAAGAAAGGGUGAUUCUGGAA